CCCAGUUGGCCGAGGAAAGCCAGGCGAGAAUGACUUCGGCGGAGGAGCUGAGCUUCUGGGAGCGGCACGAGUUCAAGUUCUACCAGUACGGACACGUGUACGCCCUGAUCUACGGCCAGGUGGUGAUCGACUACGUUCCCCAGAAGGCGCUGCGGAGGGGGGUGAAGAGUCUGCUCAUCCUUUACGGCCACCUGUUCAGUCUGCUCCUGAUCCUGGUGCUGCCUGGCUACUUCUGCUACCAUUUCCGCACCUUGACCGACACCGGCGACCGUCGGCUGCAGCUGCUCUUCUACGUGAGCUUCGCCAACACGGCGAUUAAGUACGCCACGGUGAUAGUCACCUACGUGGCCAACACGGUCCACUUCGAGGCGAUCAACCAGAGGUGCACCCUGCUCAGGAUGCACUUGGGGGAAUUCCGCGAGGCGCCGCGGGAGCCGAAGAAGCCCUUCGAGUUCCUCAUGUACUUCAAGUUCUGCCUGAUCAACCUGAUGAUGGCCAUCCAGGUGUGCGGCAUCUUCGCCCAGUACGGCGAGGGCGGAACUGGAGCCCUGAGUCCGGUGCGGGUCCACUUCGCCGUCUACGCCUUUGUGCUGUGGAACUACACGGAGAACAUGGCCGACUACUGCUAUUGGAUCAACGCCUCGGUGCUGAAGUACUACCGCCAGUUCAAUCUGCAGCUCACCGAGCUUCGGGCAGAGAUGGACGCACUGCGUCCGGGCGGAAUGCUCCGGCAGCGAUGCUGCGACUUGAGCGACCGCCUGGAGGAGCUGCGCCGCCGCUGCCGGGAGAUCAACGAGCUGCAGCGUGAGAGCUUCCGCAUGCACCAGUUCCAGCUGAUCGGACUCAUGCUGAGCACCCUGAUCAACAACCUGACCAACUUCUACACCCUCUUCCACAUGCUGGCCAAGCAGUCGCUCGAGGAGGUCAGCUUCCCGGUGGUCGUUGGCUCCGUCUACGCCACCGGCUUCUACAUCGACACCUACAUCGUCACCCUGGUCAACGAGCACAUCAAGCUCGAGCUCGAGGCCGUCGCCCUCACCGUCCGCCGCUUCGCCGAGCCGCCGGAGCGGGACGAGCGGCUCACCAGGGAGAUAGAACACCUUUCGCUGGAGUUGCUCAACUACCAACCGCCAAUGCUCUGUGGUCUUUUGCACCUGGAUCGCCGACUGGUCUACCUCAUCGCUGUCACCGCAUUUUCCUAUUUCAUAACCCUGGUGCAGUUCGAUCUCUAUCUGCGCAAGAAGUCCUAGCCAACAAGAUUACCAUUUAAGCUUAAAACCGAAACUUAAAACACCAAACUAUUAGAAUGCUAAGAAACAAAUACCAAAACUGUACCUUAUUAUAUGUAAAAAAAAUUAAAACGAGUCUGUGCCUGCUAUCAGCUA